AUGUCAUGGUCAGCAGAGAACCAGGGCUCUCAAGUGGCAGCACCAUCGGUCCAUUUAGCGUCCACCGGCGCGGCCCAGACCAGUAAAAUGGACGACAGCGGCGGACCCCCUCCAACCUCCAACAACGACGAGGACGAGGACGAGGCCAGACACGAAGAAGACAUCAACUUCCGACGCACACACGGCACGUGCAUGUACUACCCGACCGAUGACUGCCAUCCGUGCCAGCUACAGCGCUCGUGCUAUGAUUGCCUCAACUUUAACAUCACCACGGAGCCCGAAGGUUGUUUCGUCAACCCCAUGGGCCAAUGCGUCUCCAUGUCACAAUUCGACUUGGCAAUGGAUUUCCGACAGGGAACCCCUUCAAACCAACUCGCUGCGGAAUUUGUGACAGCCGGAUACAAUGGCACAAGUGGCAACAGCUCCGAACCGACUACCGAAAGUGGCCACAGUGAAAACCAGCAAUACGAUUUUGUGGCUGGCAACGCCACAUACUGUGAAAAUGACGACGCCCAGUGUCUGCUAUGCCGGGCCACGGCGUUUGCCGAAAUUAUCUACCACCAUUCGGAUUAUUCGCGGUCACGAUACUGUUUGGGUCAAAGUGGCUGUGUCUGUGUGGCAAUUUGCGAGGCUCUCCAAGUGAAUCGCCAAAGGCCUGACAAAAAGUGUAUGGUCAAUGCAAUGGCAACAAAUGAUCGGGACACUUCCGUAAAUCAGUUCGGAUCGAUUGCAGCCAUUCUCGGUGCCAUGUGCUUCAUUGUCGCUUCGGUUUUUGUCAUUUAUCGUAUCCGGAAGCGAGGUGAAAGCUGCGUUUCAGAUGGAGAAAAUGACCAAACCAGUAGCAACAGAUAUCACAACCGACGAGGUAGCCAUGACGACGACCCGGUGGUCACUCCUGCGGACGGAGCGUCGCCAAUAGCAACAGCUACGCCGGUGAUGCGUGCCGGAUCGGGGUCGGGUCUUCUGCUGAAUUUAUUCGGCUGGACGGCCAUGAGAGAGGAUCUGGCCCACAAGGAGCAGAACCAAGCAGCUGGGAUUGAAGACGCGGCGUUGGAGCCCGUGAAGAACCACAAUGUGCAGCUGAUUGGCGCACAACCGUCCGCCCCCGACGUGGAUGCGGCAUUGCCAACAGCUCCUCCAGUGAUGAUCCCGUACGCGACGUUGGCAGUAUCAGCACCUGGGGCUGUCACGGUUCGGGCAAUGGCAGCGCCGUCGGCUCCAGAUUUUGACUCAAUUGACGGCGACGACAUCGACAUGACCCACCUUUGA